UCGCCAUAUAUCAGGUUUUGUGACCUUUCGAGUCUCAAUUUCGAUAGUGCUACCAUUUCUAGAGAGAGAAAGGGGUGAGAGCAUCAAUGGCGCCGACGAAGCAGAAGAAUCCCAAGGUGAGCCGAAACCCAGAUCUGAUUCGGGGCAUCGGUAAGUACUCUCGAUCCCAGAUGUACCACAAGAGAGGUCUCUGGGCCAUCAAGGCCAAAAACGGCGGCGCUUUCCCUCGCCACGACAAGAAGCCCGUUGAGGCUAAGCCCGCCGAGAAGCCGCCAAAGUUCUACCCCGCCGACGAUGUCAAGAAGCCCCUUGUCAACAAGCGCAAACCCAAACCUACCAAGCUCAAGUCUAGUAUUGUUGCGGGUACAGUGCUGAUUAUCCUGGCUGGGAGGUUCAAGGGGAAGAGAGUUGUGUUCUUGAAACAACUUCCAUCUGGGUUGCUCCUAGUUACUGGACCUUUCAAGAUUAAUGGUGUGCCUCUAAGACGUGUCAAUCAAUCUUACGUGAUUGGUACAUCAACUAAGGUUGACAUCUCUGGGGUCAAGGUGGAGAAUAUCGAUGACAAGUAUUUCUCAAAGAAAGUUGAGAAGAAGAAGAAGAAAGGAGAAGGCGAGUUCUUUGAAGCAGAUAAAGAGGAGAAGAAUGUUCUCCCACAGGAGAAGAAAGAUGACCAGAAAGCUGUGGAUGAACCAUUGAUAAAAGCCAUUGAGUGCGUUCCAGAGUUGAAGGCUUAUUUGGGUGCAAGGUUUUCACUCAAGGCAGGCAUGAAGCCCCAUGAGCUCGUUUUUUAGAGGUAGAAGUUUGGAAAAUUUUAGGCCCCCCCCCCCAUGUUUUGGUUUGUUUGAACUUGGUUUUAGUGUCUCAACUCGUUGAUUAUCCAAAUUUUAUGUUAUGUUAUGCAAUGAAAUGUGAAAGAGUUUUGUUCUCUCCCUUUAUUCUGGAGUACAAUUUAUGUUAUCUAAAGUUUUCUUUAAAGACUUCUUCAUCCUCUGUUGUUGAUGUUUUGGAAGGGUGUUAUUUGGUCGGAAACAUAAAAAAAGCAAU